AUUUCCAAUCAAGACAUUCAUCCAAACAAAUACAUCGAAUUACGAAGUAACUACAAAUACUACAUCGAUUCGUACAAUGCGUUGUAUCAGCUAAAAACGGAAAAUGAAGAAGAUUUAAACUCAAUUUACAAAAUAAUCAAAACAGAAUUGAUUGAUUCAAAGAAACGUCUCCCCACAAAUAUUAUAAAAGAUAUUUUAAAUAUCAUUCCUUAUAAUAAUCGCUAUACAAAGUCAUAUUUAUCUCUUUCCAAACUGAUAUCUGAUGAAUACCAUGUAGAAGAGGUCAAAAGAAUUAAUAUCAUUUCCAAAUUUCUGCUUUAUAAAGAAUAUGGAAUUAAAUUAGACAAAUCUCUUGAUUUCGAAAAUUUUAAAACAGAAAAUCUUGAUAUUCAUACAGAAAAUACAAUUUACAGCGCGAUUAUGAAUAAUGACCUAGAAAAAUUCAUCAUAUUCACUGAAAGAGAUGAAAUUGAUCAAAAUCAAAAACUUAAAUGCGAUUUAUAUCCAUACUCUUAUGAAGGAUAUUCAUUACUUGAAUUAUGUUGUUACCAUGGAGCAGUUGAUUGUUUCAAGUUUUUAAGAACAAAAUUUAGCUCAGAAAUAACUCAAAGAUGUCUUGAAUUUUCAUUUUUAGGCGGAAAUCCAGAUAUCAUGAGUGAAUGUUUGAAAUAUCAAGAACCAGAUGAAGAAAGCAUGCAUUAUGCAAUUAUUUCACACAAUAUUGAUUUUGUUACAUUCUUGAUGAAUGAGUUCAAUAUAGAAAUAGAUUUGAAUUAUUGUGCAUUGUAUAAUAAUCUUGAAUCAUUUUUAGUUUAUUUUGAUCAAACUAAUGCAAUUAACAAAUGCAUUAUUUAUUCAGUGAUGUUUAAUAUUCCAUCCCUUUUAGAAUAUUUCCUAUCAAUUGGUGCAAAUAUCAAUGAAAAAGAUAUUAAUGGACAGACAGCUCUUCAUAUUGCAGCAGAAAAUAAUAGUAUAGAAACUGUCGAACUUCUUAUUUCACAUGGUGCAAGUAUCUAUGAAAAAGAUAAUUAUGGAAAGACUGCACUUCAUGUUGCAGCAAUGCACAAUAAUAAAGAAACUGCUGAAUUUCUUAUUUCACAUGGCGCAAAUAUCAAUGAAAAAAAUGAAAAUGGAAAAACCGCUCUUCAUUAUGCAGCAAUGAACUAUAGUGAAGAAACUGCCGAAGUUCUUAUUUUACAUGGUGCGAAUAUCAAUGAAAAAGAUAAUGAUGGGGAAACCGCACUUCAAAUUGCUGCAACUUAUAAUAGAAUAGAAACAGCUGAACUUCUUAUUUCACAUGG